AUGACCAGCCCCUUCCAGAACUCCCAGAACCCCCAGAACACCCGACAAAGCAGCUUCUUGCCAGCUCCCCUCUACCCUCGGUCCUCGUAUGCCUCUGUAGCCGACACGAGCCCUCGAGCUUCCACAGCAACACACGGAAGCACUCGCACAGGGCCCGGUUCCUUCAGCCACAUCCUGAACCCCGUCGACCCAGACUGGGACAACCACUAUCCAUCCACCGCCAGAGAUCACGAGAGCACGGGCACUAUGACGCAGAACGGCUCGCACCUGGACCGAGGAGCCCCCGGUGGUCUGUACCCGAGAUCUCAACCACAACAACUGCCACACUUCUCACGAGCAUUCGAGAUGUUCAUGAGCCGGACGCCCCUCGACAGCCUCCCUCCCGUCGACAUCUUGGCCACCGGCCGGAUGAGCCCCACCGCCGCCAGCGCAGGCGCCAGAACCGGCAGUCUCCCCAGGCCAUCGUACCUGCAGGGCUCGCACUACCUGGCGAGGUUAGAGCAACAGACCCACCAGAGGGCACUGGCUCAGAGGCAGAGGCAGGAUGCGCAAGAAAAGAACGGGACCAGCCUGCCGAGCGACAAGCCCCCAGCGCAGCAGCAGCAACCAUACCUGGGCAUCGCACGCGACGUGGUUGAGCGCACGCCCCCGCACGAAGAGGACGACGUGAUGGAUUCGCUGCCCUCACGAUGGAGCGCCGUCAAGGAGGAUAGGGCCAGCGGGCUUGAUGUCUUAUCGGAUGGUUUGGAGGUCAAAUAUACGGGGCCUAGGGAUCCCAACGAGAGGGACCACGAGGCGCGUGCCAUCCGCGCUGACCAGCCCAUGCCCGUCCAGUGCGGGCUCUACUACUAUGAGGUGACAAUACUGGGCAGAAAACAUAACGACACUUUGAUCGGCGUCGGCUUCUCAAGUAAAUCGGCAUCAUUAAAUCGAGCACCCGGAUGGGAACCCGAGUCCUGGGGUUACCACGGCGAUGACGGUCACUGUUUCCAGGCGCAGAACGUGGGCAAGCACUACGGUCCUACCUUCGGUUACGGCGAUGUGAUCGGGUGCGGUGUCAACUUUAGAACAGGGACCGCCUUCUUCACCAAAAAUGGACAUUACCUCGGCAUCGCCUUCAGGGAAGUCAAGGGGAAGCUGUACCCCUCUGUUGGCCUCAAAAAGACCGGCGAGCAUGUUCGUGUCAACUUCGGCCAGACACCGUUCAUUUACCCGGCCGCUGCUCCUGAGGAGUCCUGGGACGACUCCACGGACGAGAAGGAGAUCAGACAACUCGAAAAGGAGAUCGAGCAAGCAGAUACCACCAAACUCGCACCACCACUCAGCGAGACGGAGCUCAUCCAACAAUUAGUCCUGCAAUUUUUACAACAUGACGGCUACGUGGACACGGCACGAGCUUUCGCCCAAGAAAUACAAUCCGAAAAGCAAUCUCUCUGUUUAGAUCCCAAUGAGGAGAUACCCGGCAUCGACAUAAAAGAUGACGAGGAUGCCAACAAUCGACAAAGUAUUCGUCGAGCCAUCUUGGAGGGCGAUAUUGACAAAGCACUCAAGCAUACCAAGGCAUCUUACCCACAGGUCCUCGAAGAGAAUGAGCAGGUCCAUUUCCGCCUUCGGUGUCGCAAGUUCAUCGAGAUGAUCCGACGAGAGGCCGAGACGAACCUCGUGGGCGCGGGUGGCCCUAAAGGUAACCACGCCACUGCCAACGUCUCCGGCCACAACGGUCACAGCCAGCCCCCAGCCGUCGACAUGGAACUUGACGAGGACAUGGAGGACCUGGACGGCGCGGCGGGCCAGCGGGAUCUCACACAGGACGCGCUGCUUUAUGGGCAGACGCUGCAGGCAGAGUACCUUGGCGACGAGCGGCGGGAGGUGCACGCAGCUCUCAACGAGAUCUUCGGCCUGAUGGCGUACCCGAAUCCGCUUAAGGAGGCCAAGGUCGCACACCUGCUGGACCGCAAGGGACGGGUGGCUGUCGCGGAGGAGCUUAAUUCUGCCAUAUUACACAAAUGCCGGGAAGAGAAGACAAGAAAACAGCAAGAAGGAAAGUUUAAGGUUUUCAAGACUGACACACUGAGAUUAGAAUCCCUCGGCAAGUCAUCCCGCGCGGCAUUGGAAAACAUGUACGCGCAAACCUCGGUGCUCCUAGACGACCUGGCGGAGACGGGUGGGUCCGGCGCAUUCGUCACGCUGCAGAGCGUCAUUGACGAGAUCGAAACGCCGACACAAGAUUUCUAG